CUGGAGUGAUUUGGUAGUCGAUAGAAAAGAACUCCGAGCCUCCUCAGCGGACUGGUCUUUUCUCUCCUGAAUCUCAGAAAAUGUUGCGGAAGAGCGGGGGAAUGGAUGCGUUGCAGUUGGGAGCAGGGACCAUCUGGUCCACAGUCAGAACAUCUCAACUGUCCCUUGUCAAACCCCGUUGUUCCAAAAAUAGCUCUCAACCUCCCAAGAACGGAAACAGGAACAGCAAAGGCACUUGUUUCGACCUUCAAUCAAAUGGUCUAAUGACACUGCCACGUCAACCAACAUGAUGGUGGUUCCAUGUGAAUGUCACAUGCCACUUGAUUUGAAGUCAGUUACCAACCACACCCAUGGUCUGAACCUAGGUGAUAGGGUGCCGACAGACUGGGACAAGGCCUGGUCAAGCUUUAGGAAGCAGGGAAAGAAGACACUAUUCUCACGGUUCACACCAGACAAAUAUGUAAGCUGGAAUCCAAGGCGUUCCGAAUACCCGCUGUCUGAGGAGGUCGAUCCAAUCAAGAGGACAGAAAGGUCAAACCUCAUGUUAUGGACUAGUCCAAAAUUCACUCUAGCAGGAGCUAUAGUUGUGGUUUCAAUGCUUCUAAUCUACACACUUGUAGCGCCGAUAAAGUGAUAUCAUCUGAACCCAAUUGGAAACUUGCACCUUAACUUGUGUGAAAUCUGAUAAUGUUUUUGUAAAAAAAAAAAAAGGGUAGGUUGUAAAUUUCAAGUUUAAUGUAGCUAUUAUAAUUUGUUGUGUUUCUUCUUCA